GAAAAGGGACAUGUUAGAGGCUGGCAGGGCCGCGCCACAGCACGUCUAGACAGGGGAACGGACACCCCCUCAGAGAUGGGCAACAUAGCCCAAAGACAAAGGAGACGAGUGUGAACAGUGUAGCUACAGCCUGGGCUCGGUGUGGUGGUCCUGGACGCUCGCAUGCAAGAGUUAUUUAAUGUUGAAAAUGUGGGAGAUGGUGGCGUUACCGAGAGCGAGCUCUCCCUUCCUGUCGUCUAGGACAAGAUGGCAGCAAUGCAGGCGAACUGUACAUGGUAUGGACUUAUAAGUCCAUAACAUGUUCAGAGAAGCCCUGGAUUAUAUUUAUAGUGACUCUAUGUGAAGGUAUGGCCUCACAAGUCUUGGUCUACCCACCACACAUUUAUCAAACCCAGACAAGUGCCUUUAGCAGCGUGAAGAAACUCAAAGUUGAGCCCAGCAGCUGUGUGUACCAUGACAGGGCACACCCGCGGACUUAUCUGAACAGCAGAACCCUUGGCAUUGUGCACCCGACAAAACAAGCCCACUCAUUUGUGAACCGAGACUUGGCAGUGGGCCUCAAAGUUCGUGGAGGAAAAGAGUACCCGGUGCAGACGGUGGUGGUGCGUGGCGUACAGAGACAACAGCCCGGCAAGAGAGGAGGCGGAGGAGCGGGACCCGGCCCGUUCGUGGCCUCGCAGCGACAGGAGGCAGGGGUUGUCCACUCGCAGGACGGGCAGCAGCAGCAGCAGCAGCAGCAGCAGACGACAGACAUAGCAAGUGGGAGCAGCAGUGGAGCAACAGGGGCAGGAGGAGGGGGAAGGGGAGAGGGCUGCAGUGGCGGAGGCGAGGGAGACGGCGAGGAAGAGGGCGACAGAGAAGAGAACUGUGGAGGUUUGAACUCAGCUGACAGCUCUCAGCGAUGUGGGCUGAAACGUAAAAGUGAGGAGCUGGAUAACCGAGGGAGCACCAUGCAGAUUGUGGAGGAACUGUCAAUGUUGCCUGCCAUGUUGCAAACUACAAACGUGGGAAAUGCCGCCGUGACAGCGCCUGCGGCCGUGGGGGCCGGAGGGGGCCCCACCAAACAGGGUGUGGGGCAUGGGGGCGUAGGUGCAGCGGGAGGAACAGGAGGAGGAGAUGGGGACUAUCAGGUAGUACAACACGAAGUCCUGUGUUCCAUGAAGAAUACUUAUGAAGUGCUGGAUUUCUUGGGACGAGGCACAUUUGGCCAGGUAGUGAAGUGCUGGAAGAGGGGAACCGGGGAGGUGGUGGCUGUGAAGAUCUUGAAGAACCACCCUUCAUAUGCACGGCAGGGCCAAAUUGAAGUUGGCAUCCUCGCUCGCCUGAGCGGGGAGAAUGCAGAUGAGCACAACCUGGUGCGAGCGUUCGAAUGCUUCCAGCACCGCAGCCACACCUGCCUGGUAUUCGAGAUGCUCGAGCAGAACCUGUACGACUUCCUGAAGCAGAAUAAGUUCAGCCCGCUGCCCCUCAAAGUGAUAAGACCUGUGCUGCAGCAGGUGGCCACAGCUCUGAAGAAGCUGAAGAGCAUGGGUCUGAUUCAUGCAGACCUCAAGCCUGAGAACAUCAUGCUGGUGGACCCGGUGAGACAACCCUACAGGGUGAAGGUGAUUGACUUUGGCUCAGCCAGUCACGUGUCCAAAGCAGUGUGUUCCACGUACCUCCAGUCUCGGUACUAUAGGGCUCCAGAGAUUAUUUUGGGAUUGCCGUUUUGUGAAGCCAUAGAUAUGUGGUCCCUAGGCUGCGUGAUCGCUGAGCUUUUUCUGGGCUGGCCUCUCUACCCUGGGGCCCUGGAGUAUGACCAGAUUCGCUACAUUUCUCAGACACAAGGUUUGCCUGGAGAACAUUUGUUGAAUGCAGGGACAAAAACAACUCGGUUCUUUUGCAAAGAGUCCGACUCCCCUUAUGCAGCAUGGAGACUAAAGUCAACAGAUGAGCAUGAGACGGAGACGGGAAUGAAGUCAAAGGAAGCAAGGAAGUACAUCUUCAGCUGUUUGGAUGACAUAGCGCACGUGAACUUAAUGAUGAAUCUGGAAGGUAGUGACUUGGUGGCAGAGAAGGCAGACCGCCGGGAGUUUGUAGGCCUGCUGAAGAAGAUGCUGCUGAUCGACGCAGAGGAGAGGAUCGCCCCUGCAGAAGCUCUCAGCCACCCGUUCGUGACGAUGCAACACCUGCUGGAUUUUCCCCACAGCAACCAUGUGAAGUCAUGUUUCCACAUCAUGGAUGUUUGUUGGACGCGUCCCGCUGCGUAUGAGGCUGCCAACAGAAACAAAGGUCCGUUCGUCAGACCUGUAACUACAACCGCUGCUGCCUCAGCCAACCACCCUUUCAGCAAGAUGACUGCAGUCCACGCUCAAGGACUAGCUCCAUCUGCACCCUCAGUGAUGCAUCCUGGGAUUCCACUGCAGACACAAAGCAGUCAGUUUGGAUGCAAUGAGUCAUUUCAGCAGGCCCUUAUCCUGUGUCCCCCGACCAUUCAAGGCAUCCCACCCAACACAGCCAAACCAGCAGGCUACUCUGUUCGAAUGGAGGCGUCUGUGCCUCUGGUCACUCAAGCACCGUCGAUCCAGCCCAUACAGAUCAGACCCGGAGUCAUCACACAGGCCUGGUCGAGCCGUGCGCAGCAGAUCUUGGUGCCCGCUUGGCAGCAGGUGACAUCAGUGCCUCCACCAACAACCACUCUGGCAUCUGACACUGUAGCAGGCUCGCAGAGAUUGGGUGACUGGGGGAAAGUGCGUCCCCAUGGUAACCAUUACAGCUCCAUGAUUGCACACCCUCAGCCGUUCUUAACCAACCAAAUGACCAUGUCCACCCACCAGCCAAUCAACAUAGGCAUUGCACAUGUGGUGUGGCCUCAGCCAGCUGCCAACAAGAGGGCAAAGCCUUGCGUGAACAGGACCAGCAAUGUCUCCCAAAACACGAACAUCCAAAAUUUAGCAUGUCAAUCCCCAAAGAUGGCCGAUACAGCAAAGAAUGUGGAUGAGGUAGAAGAGGAGGCCGCCAGAUGUCCAGAGGAAGGUCACGCCGCCGGCGAGGGCCAGGGAGCAGGUCACGUGGAGCAGGACGCCAAGGAGAACUGCUGUAAAGUGGAGCCGGACUGCGAGGAGCUCUCCGUGUCGCAGGAGCAGCGGCAGGCCAUGGUGAUUUCUGACCUUGCUAGCCCGACUGUUAGUGUGAUCAGCAUCAGCAGCGACGAGGAGGAGAGCGCACAGAGGCACUCACUGGCCGAGUGUAAGGGCAGCGCAGAGUGUGAGGCCUGUCAGAGCACGGUCAGCAUGGAGAGAGUGUGUUCUCUCAGCAGUCCAGACAGUACGCUCAGCACCAGCUCCUCCGCCUCCGCCCAGUCCAGCGCCUCGCCGUGCAAGCACCCCAACAGCAUGUCGGAAGACGAGCAGGAGAGCGGCUGCGACACGGUGGACAGCUCGCCCGCCUCACACGGUCACAACAACAGUCCCUUCACGGAGCGGCGCUACAUCGCUGACAACAACCAGAACUGUGAGCCCCGCGUUGCGUGCGUCGCCCCGGAGACCGAACCCAGCAAGCCCACGGUCCGUACGGUUGUGGUGCCUCCGAUGCGAGUGCAGAACAACAACAACAACAACCCUGCGGCCAAUGAAACACCCGGCAACACAGUCUUGGAGUCUUCAUGCCUAUCCAAAGGGCGAGGUAUUCCUGGCCGGCAGCAUCACCACUCCACUCCCCUCCUCAACAGGCCGCAGAAACUCACCCCUGCAUUCCAGCCUCAGCAACAGCAGCCUAUCGGCUUUGGGCAGGUUCAACACUUCGGUUCCUGCCAUCAAGAAUGGAACGGCAAUUUUGCCCACCGCAGACCGCAGGCCUACAUCCCCCCCACCAUGCACGGGCACACCUUCACGCUCUCCCACAGCAGCCCAAACCACAACGCAGGCCCCCACCCACACCUUGGCGGGCACCCUCACUCGCAGCCCCCGUUACUGUCGUACCCUCCGUCGGGGCCCUUGGUCACGGCGGCGCCCGUGGCCCACCUCCUGGCGUCCCCUGGGGCCUCCCGCCCGGUGCUGCAGCCCACCUACAGCAUCUCCCACCCAGCAGGCAUCGUGCAUCAAGUGGCCGUGGGCAUCAACCCGCGGCUCCUGCCCUCCCCCACCUUGCACCCCCAAGGCCAAUUCAAGCCCCUGUUUCCCCCGCACUCCUACAUCGCCUCGCCCGCCUACGGCAGUUUCCCCCUCAGCCCUACCAAAAUAAACCAGUACCCUUACAUCUGAACGCGUCUGCUCAGGUACCCUUCAUACCACCUGAGGGCUAAACGAGCAGCGCGAAAUCGAUCCUACACCACAAAACAGCAUGGUUUUCAUCUCCGGGAACCAUGGCACAACCACAGAUAAAGCAAGCUAUUUUUUGAAUCAUGUAGACUUGAGUGUAAUUGAACUUCGAGCUUUAAAAAAAAAAAAAGAGAGAGAGAGCGAGCGAGAAAAAAGAAAAAAAGAGUUCCAAUGGUGGAGAUGAUUAGGCAAAAAUUAAGAAGGAAAUAAUGUAUGAAUGAUUGAAUGAAAGAAUGAAUGAGUAGUUAAACUCACACUUAAUGUGUUUUGCACAUUUGAUAUACCUUUGCAUUGGAUCUUCUACGAAUACUCCUCAAGACAGGUAAAUAAUUGGGGUGUUGUUGAAUAGUUAGACUUUGCACCCCUUGAUCCCAGCUAUUUUUCUAUAUUGCCUUCUUACGUGUGCAAGACACAUCCAUAUUUGUAAAGCCAUCCCAGUCUUUUAGCUCUAGAUCAACAGAUGCACAUGUCGUCCACGGUGUACGUCGUACUGCGUUUGAAGUAUUUGUACCUUUUCGGUGUCCUUUGGUGUUAGCAAUGUCAAGUCAAUUAACCAAUUUUAAAUAGGGUUGUUCCUCACGCUGCAUGUGGUCUUGCAUGAGCAAAAAUGUAAAACGGAAAGAUGCAUAGACGUUGCUCUUAUUGUUUGUGUCACAAGACUCGCUGCAUUGUAUAACUGUCCCCAGCCAUAGUGCCUUACAUAUUUGAGGUUGUUAAUGUUACUACUUAUAUAUGACUAUAUACAUGAAUAUUAAUGUACUGGACUGCAGCACUUGAAAUUCCAAUCAGUCGAUGCAUCCUAUGUGUGAGUAUAUAUAUGCACAUGUGUAUAUGUCCAUGCAUAGCCUGCAUGGAUGUGAUGUAUCGCGGAUAGCGGUGCUUAUUUUUUGGAGUCGGUGUAUAAUUCAGUGUGUAGUGAGUUACCUUUUCUGUUCUUUCAAGAAGAACAGCAUGCUUUGCUGUUGCGAAUGCCUGCUGUUUCAUUAAAAAAAAAACGUUUUUUUUUUUCCUUUCAUUCUUCAGUUCCCGAAUGAACUAGUGUACAAAGUGCAAGUACUGAGUAUUGCUUAAUAUUUGAUAAUCACUUUCUAUUUAGUGAAACUCUUACUACUAACAGUAUUUGUACUGUUUGAAACUGCAAUACAAUCUAAAUAGUCGUUGAUUAUAUUUUUUUUUCCUUUUUUUUUUUGUCUUCGGAUUUUCAUUUUGAGUGUUUUCACUUUGUUUUUGUUGUUGGUUUUUUCUUUUUCUUUUCUUUUUUUUUAGAUGUUUAGAAGUGUGGUCGGCAUGGCUUUGACUAGGUAAGGAAAAAAUGCAAAUUAAUUCACGGUAUGGAAUCUUCUAAGCCUGAGCAAACCAUGCAGUAUUUGAUAUACACACAUAUAUGGACAUAUAUUAUAGAGUUAGACUAUUUAGUACAGAUGCUUGAUAAGGUGUGAGUUAAUUGUGUGCAAUUCUCUCAUUUAUGCAUGUGUGACAAAGUUAACUUUUCCCUUUACAUUAUACCAUUUGUUAAAGGCUUAAGGCUUAUCGGUGUCGACUGCUUAUUUUAUACAUUCCGUCAGGGAGGAUAUAUACAUAUAUAUGAUGGUAGCACCAGUCUAUAUAUAUGUAGAUAUGCUGUGUGUGUGUGCAUUUUUUUUUUCUGUUCAUAUUUACUAGUUUUGUGUGUAAUUUUUUUUUUCUUCCCCCGUUUGUUUUUUUGUCUUUGAUUUUCAAAUGAAGUUGCUUGUGCAGCACCAAAGACUGUAAUUCAUUUCUCGAGCAAGGUAGCUAUUCUGUUCGCGUAGACCUCAGUUAUACUCUAGUCGUAGAAUGGGGUUAGAUUUAAAACAAACACACACACACACAAAGAAAAAAAAAAACUCGUAUUCAAAAGAAGAAAAAAAGAAUAAAAACAGCCGAGGUUUUGUCUAGCUUAUUGGGCAAUUAAUAAGUCGUAUCAUUUCUUUCUUGAAUGUAUCAUAGAUAAGCUGCUACAUGAUGAUUGCCACUUCAAUAGCUGUGAAAUUAGGUGAUUUCUCUCUGAGUUUAAACCUAGCGUUGCUAUUUUUGUAUAGGUCCCUAAUUAUCUGAACUAGAAGUGGUUUUGAUUUUUGUGUUUUGCGUUCAUAUUUGGAGUGUCAUUGUAACUACUGUACUGCUGAUGAUGAACAUUAGUUGCAUUUGUUGUUUCUCGGGGUGCGUGUUUUUGCAUCAGUAUUUUAUCCUUAUUAACCUUUCGGGCUCGUCACUGCAUAUAAAUGAUGUAUCGAUGUAACUUAAUUUUUUUUGUAUGUUUUCAUAUUGAUGUUUUGUACACAUCUGAAGCUGUAGCUUGCAGGAUUGAUUUAACUUUCUUCUCAUUGUACGUAUUUGGUAAACUACCAGUACUCUAUAGGUGAGUUACAGGAGCACUGUGAGACGCCAGGAAAAAAAAAAAGAAAAAAGAAAUCCAUUCUGUCCAUUGGAAAGCUUCUGUAAUGUUCCCACCAGUCACACACACAAACACACUCGCCACGAAGCACUUAAACAGGUUGUGAGGCUUGUGAGGGUUUGGUUAUUUCGACUGUCCACAAAGAUUAUAGCCCAACGUUUUCUGUUCCAAAAAAUUAUCUUUCACGACUUGUUAUGAUUUGAGCAAGUACUUAUUGCAACCAUUUUUUUUUUUUUAAUCUGUUCAAUGUUAUAUAUCCGGCUAGAAUAUCGGUGACACACUCGGAUAUUCAGAACUGCCUUGUGUUCAGAUCGCUCUCCCCUUUAUGAGUGUCUCAUGUCGAAAAUGAUGUUUUGUCAGUGCAAAAAAAAAAAAAAAAAAAAAAGGAGGAAAAAAAAAGCGUGGCCAUUGUUAUGUGUCCUUUAUUAAAAUUGAGACAGUGUGAGCAGCACUGUGUAUGUGCCUUGAGAUUUAGGAAAGUGUGAAUUGGUGAUAGUGAUUCCUCGCAGCUUAUUCUGGGAGGAAGGCGUAGAAUCCGGUAACAGUUCGCGAACGUGUAGUGAGUCUCGUUAUUUGCCGCUCCACCACGAAUUUCAGAAACAAAUACUCGAUAUAGGACUUCAUCUCGGUGUCAUUCCAGAGAGUGUGACUCUGUAGACUCGUACAAACACGGCGGCGGGUCUUAUCUCAUUUCAGACGGUCGCCACCAAAGCCUCUCUGUGAUAACACACUAAAGAAAAAGACACACACACACACACCCACACACGAUCCUUGGAUAGUCACUCUGGCUGAACAGCAGAUGCAAUACUUUACAUUGUGCGGUCAUUGCACCACCAAGUGUUCUUAGAUAAUCUCCAUGCUUUACAUUUGCUUGCAUGUUACACCUGAGUUGCUUCACGUUGUCUGCCUACAAGCCGCCCGCUCCGAGCAGCUUCUCCACCGUGCAAGUUAGGGCUGAGCGCCGGCCGACCGGGGCACAGCGGACGACAUUGGGCCUUUGCGAAAUCAAAGAAGCCACGCUUUACGUCCGGGAUUAGUCUGCACAGACGUGUGCUCUGCGUUCUGGAAGGAAAAAAAAAAAAAAAGUACUUUGUCAAGGAGAUUACUGUCGCUUCUGUCAGUCAUUGAGUGCAAUAC